AUAUAGUCAUAAUGGAUUCAGAUCCAAACCCAAAUCAAGAUCCGAAAUGGGAAGGCAGGGUCCAAGCCAAGCUCAGAGGUCCAACAGCAGAAGAAGCAUGGUCUCUCUUACAAGGGUUUUGCACCCUUGAUAAGUGGGUCCCAUCCAUCCACACGUGCUACAAACUCGAAGGCCAAGAAGGCCAACCGGGUUGCAUCCGCUAUUGUGCUGGACCCGUUAACAGAUCCGAUAACAACCGCACUAUCGGAUGGUCCAAGGAGAAGCUAACAGCAUUUGACCCGUUAAUCCGGAGCUAUAGCUACGAGAUCUUGGAGACCAAUAAAGGGUUCGGAUCCUAUUCGGCGACGAUCCGGGUGGUUUCGGAUCCGGGUGCUUGCGAGGAGGAUAACGGGUGCGGGUUGGAAUGGUCCUUUGUGGCGGAUCCGAUAAGGGGUUGGACCCGAGAUGAGUUUGUUGAGUGUUUGGAGAAGAUGGCCAAUGAGGUUGCAAGAAGGGUUGAAGAUCAAGUUAACAAGUGAUAAUUUAAGAAUAAUUUUUUAAAUUUAUUGUCACUAAAAUAUUUGCAUAAAGGGUUGAUAUUCUAGUGAGAAUAUGGAUUUGAACUUUAGUUAGUUCAUAUAAGA